UUAGCCUGUGUCCUUAUAUGUGGCCUAUCUUUGAAAAUGUCCCAUGUGCAUGUGAGAAGAAUAUAUAUUCCGUGCCUUUGGGGUGAAAUGUUCCGAAGAUGUCAGUUAGUUCCAUCUGAUCAAUUUCCUCCUCUACUUGAAGAAGUAUAUGAUUUGAUGGGAUCAACUUGUCCCUUCUUAACACAUUGCGAAGAGAAUUCUCACUUCGUGUUACACAGUGUUUUGCAAAGUAUCAUACUUUAAAAAGCUGUUUGGGGCAACUACGUUAAUAUGAGGUCUAUCCAGGAAAAUGGUGAAAUGAAACUUGAACGAAAGAUUGAAGAGAUUGUUGAACCACUUAGAGAGAAAAUAAGAGAUUUGGAAAAAAGGAGAAAGCUGCCUCUCCAGCUCUUGCUCUGAUGCCGGACAAUUCAGUUCCUCCCUGCGUGUCUCUGGUGCCUUUCAAGCUGCUGCCCAAGUACUAAAACUCAGAAGGAGGGAGUCCUAAGGUCUUCCUGAGCCCAACCAAUGAUCCUGUGUUAAAAGUUCUUCUAAUAUCCUCUCUUCACCCAGAAAUACCCACCUGUAAAAUUUUUAUCCGAAAAGGAUCGUAAAAGAAUUUUGUUGCAGUUUUCACUGUUUGGGAGCUGACUGAUGGUGUGACUUCUUGCCCUGGAGUGAGCAGAUGUCCCACACGCUGCAGAUAACUGGAGGAGCGGGCUUCGUGGGCUCCCAUCUCACCGACAAGCUCAUGAUGGACGGCCAUGAAGUGACUGUGGUGGACAACUUCUUCACUGGCAGGAAGAGAAACGUGGAGCACUGGAUCGGCCACGAGAACUUCGAGCUGAUCAACCACGAUGUGGUGGAGCCCCUCUACAUUGAAGUUGACCAGAUAUACCAUCUGGCCUCUCCAGCCUCUCCUCCAAACUACAUGUACAACCCCAUCAAGACGCUGAAGACCAACACGAUCGGGACGUUAAACAUGCUGGGGUUGGCGAAGCGAGUCGGUGCUCGCCUGCUCCUGGCCUCCACAUCGGAGGUGUACGGAGACCCUGAAGUCCACCCUCAAAGCGAGGAAUACUGGGGCCACGUGAACCCGAUAGGCCCCCGCGCCUGCUACGACGAAGGCAAACGGGUUGCGGAGACCAUGUGCUACGCUUACAUGAAGCAGGAGGGCGUCGAAGUGCGAGUGGCCAGGAUCUUCAACACCUUUGGGCCGCGCAUGCACAUGAACGACGGGCGGGUGGUCAGCAACUUCAUCCUGCAGGCGCUCCAGGGGGAGCCGCUCACGGUGUACGGAUCUGGGUCACAGACCAGGGCCUUCCAGUACGUCAGCGACCUGGUGAACGGCCUGGUGGUCCUCAUGAACAGCAACGUCAGCAGCCCCGUCAACCUGGGGAACCCAGAAGAACACACCAUCCUAGAAUUUGCCCAGUUAAUUAAAGACCUUGUGGGUAGUGGAAGUGAAAUUCAGUUUCUCUCCGAAGCCCAAGAUGACCCGCAGAAAAGAAAACCAGACAUCAAAAAAGCGAAGCUGAUGCUGGGGUGGGAGCCUGUGGUCCCACUGGAAGAAGGUUUAAACAAAGCCAUUCACUACUUCCGGAAAGAACUCGAGUACCAGGCAAAUAACCAGUACAUCCCCAAACCAAAGCCCGCCAGAAUAAAGAAAGGACGGACGCGCCAUAACUGAGCAGCUCGCUCUCGGGACGAGACGCCCGUUUCACUGAUGAGAUGUACUUUUUCUUUUUUCUGAAAGAGACUUACACAGGUGUCAUGAAGAACAAACUGGAAUUUCAUUCUGAAGCUUGCUUUAAAGAAAUGGAUGUGCCUAAAAACUCCCCUCAAAAACCUGCAAAUUUUGCCUUGCACUUUUUAAAAUCUGUCUUUUUAUGUAAAAUAGCAUCUCUGCGUAUUUUCAAGUUUUUUAUCUUGCUGUGAGAGCAAACGUCAUGACUGUCGUUGACAGUUUUGUUUACUGGUUUCUUUGUGAAGCUGAAAAGGAACAUUUAAUGGGGUGAAAAUGCCGAUUUUAUUUAUAAAAGUGGGACCUAAAAGUGCGACGUGAUACUUACUAUGCAUAAAGCAAAGAACGGGCGAGCGGUGCUGCCGGGUGGCCCUGGCGCUUCGGUGGAUGAAGAGUUCUGUCAGAGCUUUAUGUUUCAGUUCAGAAUUUUUCCAAGGUCCAGCUUUGAGUUGCAAACUUGACUUGGAACUAUUUCUGUCGGAUAUUUGAAAUCACUACUGUGUUGUGCUGCGUAUUUGGGGUGAGGUAGGGUGGGGGACAAAGUUAAGGUAUUGGUUAACAGCGGUUAAAUAUGCUAUUUUAAUAAAAUAUUGAAACUCA